AUGCAGCACUACGGGGUGAACGGCUACUCUCUCCACGCCAUGAACUCGCUGAGCGCCAUGUACAACCUCCACCAGCAGGCGGCGCAACAGGCCCAGCACGCACCUGACUACAGGCCAUCAGUGCACGCACUCACUCUUGCAGAGAGACUGGCUGACAUUAUCCUUGAGGCCCGGUAUGGCUCCCAGCACCGAAAGCAGCGGCGGAGUCGGACGGCCUUCACCGCCCAGCAGCUGGAGGCCCUGGAGAAAACCUUCCAGAAGACCCACUACCCUGAUGUGGUGAUGCGUGAACGUCUGGCCAUGUGCACCAACCUGCCUGAGGCACGUGUGCAGGUCUGGUUCAAGAACCGUCGCGCCAAGUUUCGUAAGAAGCAGCGCAGUCUGCAGAAGGAGCAGCUCCAGAAACAGAAGGAGGCAUCAGGAGCAGCAGAGGCCUCUACAGAAGACUCCAAGACCGACCUCACCGCCAACGCCACCACCCUGGUUCCUGAGGCCCACACUCCUCCACCUCCCUCCUCCCUCUCAUCCUGUCACUCAGAGACAGAGAGGCUUGCAGCAGCACGACCCCAGCCUGAUGAGAUGAGCGUGGAAGUCAACGUCACCUCCCCUGAGCCAUCGGACAGCGAGUCAGCAGCAGAAGAUAAUGCUGACAGGGAGGAGGAGGAAAUGAGGGGUGAGACGAGGGUGAAGAUCAGGGAGGAGACACAGGGGGAGGGGGGAGCGCAGCCGGGGAGCAGCUCCCCAUCCUGCAAACGACUCAGCCCCACAUCAGACUCUCCCCUGAGCUCCCCCACCUUGCCGUCUUCCAGCAGCGUGACCAGCGGUUUGGCUCAGAGCAACUCCUACGCCUCGUCUCCCCUCAGCCUCUUCCGGCUGCAGGAGCAGUUUCGCCAGCACAUGGCUGCCACCAACAACCUCGUGCACUACCCGUCCUUUGACAUGAGCACGCCAUCCUCUCUGCCCUACCUGGGCAUGAACGUCAACAUGCCGUCCCCGCUGGGCUCGCUGCCCUGCCAGUCAUACUACCAGACCCUGUCGCAGGCCCAGCAGGUGUGGAACAGCCCGCUGCUGCAGGCGGCGCCAGGCAGCCUCCCAGGAAGCCUCAACAGCAAGACCACCAGCAUUGAGAACCUACGUCUGAGGGCCAAGCAGCACGCAGCCUCGCUGGGAUUGGACACGCUCCCCAACUGA